UUAGAGGGGGCAACGCACGUGGCCGAUAAGAACCAGAGGACAGAAAAGGAUAAGGGUCGCGAUCGCAAUGCCGUCCCGAAUCGUGGGUCGGGGUCGGGAGGAGGGGUUUGUCGGUAAUGACGUGGACACCAGUCCGUAUUACGGCAAUUAUGGCGGUCGCGAUGAACAGCGGGGUCCCGACGACGCGGCCCUGUCCUUCGUCUACCCCCCCGACCAGAUUAGGAUGGACGCGGAUGAGACGAACUCGAAUCAUCAUCAUCAACAACACCUCCAUGCUCCUUCUCCUGCUCCUCCUCCUCCUCCUCCCCGGUAUUCUCAAUAUGUGCGGCAGGCAUCGAUGGAAAGAGGGGGGUGGUUGCACGAAGGAGGAGGAGGAGGAGAGAAUGGAAUCGUGGGCAAUGGUGGGGGGUAUGGCGGGGCGAGCGCGCGGGAUGGGCAUGGGAACGGGGUCGGGAUGGAGGUGGGGGGGGAGGGAGUGAGGAGAGGGAGAGGGAGAGGGCUAGCGCCGGCGGGAGACGAGGAGGGGAAGGAGGCGGAAUGGGGCGCAUCGGCGGCGGCGGGGAACGGAGCGGGGAAGUAUCUAGCUCAUGCUGCGGGGAAAUCAAGCGGAAGAGGCGGCGGCGGCGGCGGCGCCGGGGGAAUGGGGGCGGAAUUCGGAGUAUCGGCGGAGAGUUUGGCGGCGAUGAUGAAGGGGAGAGACGCGGAAGCUCUCCGCCUGUUCGGCGGAGUGGACGGGUUGUUCGUGUCUCUGCAGGUUAACCCCGGCAUCGGCAUAGUGACAAGCGGCGGAGGGGUGAGCGGAAUGAUAUCGGUGUCGGGGUCGGGGUCGGCGUCAGGGGGCCUAAGUGCGAAAGCAAGCGCGCCCGGGGCAGCGGCGGCUUCGGAAGCCGCCGCCGCCGGCGGCGGAGAAAUCGCCCGCCGCCGGCGCGCCUUCGGAGACAACAGCUUCGUCUCCCCCCCUCCUAAGUCCUACUUGGCCUUCGUCUUCCAAGCUCUUCAAGACAUGGCUAUGGUGAUUCUCAGCAUUUGCGCGGUCGUGUCCUUCGUGGUGGGGUUCAUGACAGAGGGCACCGAUGGAUUGUAUGACGGGAUCGGGAUCUUGGUCAGCAUCGUGCUCGUCGUUGCUGUCUCCUCCGCGAGCGACUUUCAUCAGUCCCGACAGUUCCGCGCCCUCAGCUCGGAGAAGCAGAAGAAGGCCGUCGUUCUUCGACGGGAUGGACUCGUUCGCAAGUGGCUGAAUUGUGACAUCGUCGUCGGAGAUGUGGUGCUGCUCAAUGCCGGGGAUGAGGUGCCAGCAGAUGGUUUGCUGAUAUCUUCAAACCCCCUGACCAUGGACGAGUCAGCUAUGACAGGAGAGAGUAAGGCGAUAACCAAGAACAGUGCUUCUCCUUUUCUCAUCUCUGGAACAAAGAUUCUUGAGGGAGGAGGUGUUAUGCUUGUUGUUGCAGUCGGAAUGAACACGGAGAAUGGCAAGCUGAUGGCACACGCGAGCUCUGGCUGCAAGUUAAACGAGGGGAGUGAGGACACCGGGGAGGAGGACGAGGAGACCACGCCUCUGAAACAGCGCCUCGGUGGUUUUGCAGUCAUGAUAGGCAAGCUAGGACUGCUGGUUGCGGUGCUGGUUUUCGUCAUCAACCUCACACGGUUCCUUAUGACUGUCGGCUUCAGCAACUGGGGAAUGACGGAGACACUGUACAUUUUGGAGUUGUUCUCGAUCUGUGUGACGAUCGUGGUGGUUGCUGUUCCGGAAGGGCUCCCGCUCGCGUUGACGUUGACUCUGGCCUACGCGAUGACGAGAAUGGUGCGUGACAAGUCCUUUGCCCGCCACUUGGAGGCAUGCGAGACCAUGGGCCUCGUCACAGUCAUCUGCUCUGACAAGACAGGGACUCUGACAACAAACAGUAUGGAGGUGGUAGAAAGUUGUGUAGGGUUUGGAGAUCGGAGGAAGCGCGCCGGGUUUGAUCAGCAGCAGCCUGACUGCAACAAGCUGCGCGGCAUAUCGGAAGCGUCACCCACAGGAGUCGUAGAUCAGCGACACCUCAGUCGCGUGUGCUCGGUGGAUCGUUGUCAUGCUGCCGCCGUUGAAAUGAAGUCUGGCAUCAUGACCCCUCUGUUGGAGGGCCUGGUGCUGAAUAAUUGCAGUAGCGGGGUGGUCCUCAGGGGUGGGCUGCGUCAAGAUGACGGAGUCAGCAAGAGCGAGGCAGCCGGAAGACCUGCAAAUGGGGUCAUUGGAAAUCAUCAGAGCAACGGUGGGAACGGAGUUGUGUCAGAUAACUACGUCAAUAAGCAGCUGCCAAGGCUCAGCAGAGACAUGUCGCUGAGCUUCACCGCUUACGACAGUGGAUUGGGGAACGUGCUCUCCAUGCGAAACCCGACAGAGUGGGCGAUCUACAAGUACGGCCUUUCUCUUGCUCGCGAUCAGCUGGGGGACAUCCAGCACAUACAGCGCUGCAGUCAGAUUCUGAAGGUGGAGCCUUUCAGCUCCACACACAAGAGAAUGGGUGUCUUAACCACGCGGCCUAACGGAACGCUCCGUGCGCACUGGAAAGGGGCACCUGAGGUUAUACUCACGAUGUGCGACAAGGUUGCCGAUGCAAAUGGCGUCUGCCGGCCGCUUGACGGCUCCACAAAAGCUGAUCUGAAAUCUCUGGUGAACUCAAUGGCAAGCCGAUCCCUCCGGACGUUGUGCCUCGCGUACUGUGAUGUUGCAGAUCCUCGAGGGGAUCAACUGGACGCAAAUCAGGAAUGGGGAGAAGAGGACGCGGCUCCUCCGGUUUUCACAACCAAUGGGUUCACCAACGGUCAUUCAGAGCAUCCAACCCCUCCUCGUACCGUCCCUACAUGUGGCCUGACCCUCAUUGCAUUGCUUGGCCUUCAUGAUCCACCAAGAGAGGGAGUCAAAGACGCAGUCGAAUUGUGCAAAAAGGCUGGGAUUAGGCUAUGUAUGCUGACUGGCGACAGCAUGGCGACAGCCAGAGCAAUCGCUAACCAAUGUGGCAUUCUCGACUCAUGUCCUGAGCAGGGUGCAAAGGGUUCACACAGCAAUCUCUGCGCCUGCUACGAUUACGUCAUCGAGGGCUCAGAGUUCCAUCGGCGGACCGACGUGGCUACCAAGCUCCAGGUUAUGGCCCGGUCGACUCCAUCCCACAAGCUGGAACUAGUGGAGCAUUUACAGAGAAUGGGAGAAGUAGUUGCUGUGACAGGAGAUGGGACAAAUGACGGCCCCGCUCUGCGUGCUGCAGACAUCGGGCUGGCCAUGGGUAAUGGCACUGAAGUUGCCAAAGAAAGCGCAGAUGUUAUCAUUCUGGAUGACGACUUCCGCACAAUUGUGAAGGUUGUUCAAUGGGGGCGUUCAGUCUACGUCAACAUUCAAAAAUUCGUUCAGUUCCAGCUAACGGUCAAUAUCGUGGCGCUUGCUCUCAACUUUGAGUCCGCGGUCUCCUCAGGGACAACCCCCCUCACAGCUGUGCAGCUGCUUUGGGUGAAUCUCAUCAUGGACACGCUUGGAGCCCUUGCCCUCGCGACAGAGCAACCGACGCCGGAAUUGAUGGAGAAGAGGCCAGUGGAGAGGGGAUCGAGCCUUGUGAAUUAUGCCAUGUGGAGAAACAUCAUUGGUCAGGCAGUGUACCAGCUACUGAUUCUGCUGAUCAUCCAGUUUAAGGGAAAGGAGAUCCUGACGAAAUUGAAUGUCAUCGAUGGGCCGGUAGCCAAGUGGGAGCUUGAGACUGUCAUGUUUAACACGUUUGUGUUCUGCCAGGUGUUUAAUGAGAUUAACUCAAGACAGAUCGAGAAACUGUGGGUCUUCUCAGGGAUACUCAAGAACUACAUCUUUAUGGGGAUAAUGAUUGUUACUGUCUUCUUCCAGUACUUGAUGGUGGAGAAGUUGUGCAAAUUUGCGAGCACCAUUCCGUUGUCUAUGAAGGAGUGGGCUUUCUCCGUGGUGGUGGGGUCCACCACCCUGAUACUUGGGGUUCUCCUGAAGUUCAUCCCGGUACCAUCGGAUGAAGUCCAGACACACACACAAGUUUCUUCACCUUGGAAAGCGUUCUCUUGGUUUCAAAAGAAAGCAUCCUCUGGCAACGACAAUGACAUUGAUGACGCCUACCGCCCCCUUGCCCAUCAGGCUGUGUAAGGGAUGGAUCCCACGGCGCAGGCACCAGACUGCUCAUGGGGCGCACCACGCAGUGAUUUUCCCACAAUGCCCGCUGCAGGUGGGGCCUCGAUGAUACCCCAAUACCGUCGAGGCCCCACAGGUGGGGCAUUUUUGUCAAUCUCCUGAAGUGUGGGAGUCAUGGGACAAAAGCAAUGGCCAGGUUUUGUUCAGCAGAUCGCAGCAGAUCUCAUUGGAUUUAAGUGGAGGUCCGGCGCGGCCACCUUGGGUCAAGGAGGACCGUGCUUGGGAUGUCCGUUUCUUCGCAUGCAUCAGUGCCAUCGAUGGAACUGAUGACUAGCAAAUGGUUCGAUAGAGGUAGGCGAGGGAGGGGAAGAGGGGGAGAGGGGGUGGAGGGGAGGGGAGGGAAGAACGUAGCAGCCCGUAGGGAGGAGGGUUUCUCACCUCCAUUGGUCGCAUUCUACGUUUUCUUAAUCCCCUUUACAGAUAGCGACCCGGGUAGCGGAAGGUUGCGUGUUCGAUUCGCGGAUAGGAGAGUGCAGCUGCUCUACCUGUACAGGCUCUACAGGGCAGAGGUGGCGCAGCCUCAAGAGAGGAUUAGUGGCCCCUUUGGUGAGAUUGACGGUCCCUUCUGGUGGGAAGGGAUCCAGGUAGGGAUCCAGGUAGGGAUCCAGGUAGGGAUCCGGGUAGGGAGUAGAAACAAAUGGGUUGACGGACAGAGGUGGGCAGGGGAGGAGAGGAGUUGCGAGUUGCUCCAUAUUUUGUUGACGUCAACCCCCUUGGGACACAAAUUGGCAGCGAGGGGGCCCACGGCCCGCUCGGAUUAGUUAUGCACCUUUAGUCCCUCUGUUAGUGGGUUGAUCAGAUUCUGCGCUUACUCGUGCAGACGGCGAGUGCCGCAGGUAGGUAGUCCGUUGCAAUCGGGUCGACUUCAAUAAAUUAUGGAGUAGGUGGACUACGACAGGAACGGAAACUCGGUUGGGAUUUCGGUAUGCUUAGCAGACUGACGGGGCUGAUAGAAGCAGGAGAAGGAGAUCGAGAUGUAGAUGGAAACGGUGAUGGAGAUGGAGAGAUGAAGACGUGGGGAAAUGGCGAGAUGGCGAGAUGGAGAGUUGAAGAGAUGGAGAGAUGGAGAGAUGGAGAGAUGGAGGAGAUCGAGAGACGGAGAGAUCAAGAGACGGAGAGACGGAGGAGAUGGAGGAUGGAGAUGGAGAGAUGGAGAGACGGAGAGAUGGAGGAGAUGGAGAUGGAGAUAGAUGGAGAUGGAGAGAUGGGGAGAUGGAGAGAUGGAGAAAUGGAGAGAUGGAGAGAUGGAGAGAUGGAGAGCAGAGAAGGUGACAGAAACAAGUGUGGGCAGAUCUGCCAGUUGCAGGUGGGUAGUGAGUUUGAUGACCUGGUUUUCAGUUUCGGAGAACUGGAAAAACUACCCACCACUCUCACACACACACACACUCACACACACCCCACAAAAAAAAAAAAAGAAGGGAACUGAAUUCAACCGAUGUCAUUGCCACGAAGACAGGAAAACCGGACACUUAGCAGUAGUAUCGUUUGCCAAUCAACAAGCAAAGUGAAA